AUGCAUAUCGGGUGUUUCCUCAAGAAGUUUUUGAUCAAGAUGCAUGGUUCUGCAUGGAAAAUGGAGGAUUCAAAGACAAACGGCCAAAAGAGCAAGAAACGCACGGCAGCCGUCACAACCCUGAGGAACCGAUUCCGUCGCCCAUCUGAGAAAAAUCGACGACUCUCUUCUUUUCCACGCACUCUCGUUUCUUAUUUCUCAAAUCGAUCCUCCGCCGUCCUUCCUCCCAAUCUCACCGGAUCCUCCCUCAUUGGACGGUUUUGA